AUGAGCCAAGCGGCCGCGACGGACCCCUCGCCGGCCCCAACCUCUCCUCCGUCCUUCUCCGAAGACGCUGCAGCAACCACGGGAACCAACACCAGUAAUACUGCUUCUACUACUACCACUACAACGACCACGACCACCACCGCGACGGCGUCGCCAGCCCUGCAGCAUCAGCAGCAGCUAGACGAGGCCACGCCACCGACGGAUCAGGAGGUCCACGAGAUCACCACCACGCUCGCCGCAGCCGCUGCCGCCAAGGAUCCGGCCGCCACCACUACUGCUGCUACUAACGAGACGAACGACAACAACGACACCAACGACAACGGUAACCCCAACCCAGAGGGUAUCCUCAUCCUCGACGACCACGAAGAGGUUACGAGCUACUGGGAUGCUGGAGCCAUGGCUCCCCUCAACUCAGUAUCUGCGGCGGCCAUCGGGCGCCUGAGACGAUAUGUACCGCCCGCAUUCCCGCUCUGGGACAGACUCCCAGUGAGCCGCCGAGCGGCCGUUUUGAUUCUACUCUACGCCGACCGCAGAGGCGACUUGCGCGUCGUCAUCACGAUGCGCGCGGCCAGCCUGCGGAGCUUCUCCGGGCACGCUGCCUUCCCGGGAGGCAAGGCGGAUACGCUGCAAGAAACACCGUACGAAAUCGCAAGAAGAGAAGCGUGGGAGGAAAUCGGCCUGCCCAUGGACGACGCCCGCAUCCCGAAACCCUUCAAGAUCGAACCCCUGUGCUAUCUCCCCUACAACCUCGCCCGCACGGAACUCGUCGUCCGCCCCUGCGUCGCCUUCCUCCACGCCGACGAGGACCCGGACGAAGACGACCCAAGCCCCCUCGUCGAGGAGCGCAUGAUCCCGCGCCUGGACGCCAAAGAAGUCGCCGCCGUCUUCUCCGCGCCCUUUCAAAACUUUUUACGGUCCAAGGACGCCGACCUCCCAUCCUCGUCAUCAAAGGUACUCCCGCCUGGCCAUUGGUACGACGGCAGCUGGAUCCAAUGGAAAGAGCACCCCUGGCGCGUACACAACUUUUAUGUUCCGGUCGACGACCAGCGCGUCACGACGCCGGGGAACGCGAUGGAGGUGGAUCACCCGCAGAGCAACCUCGCCGAGAAGCUCGAGGAGGAAAAGGAUAAAGAGGGCGGCGGGCGGUUUAAAGUGUGGGGGCUGACGGCGCAUAUGCUCGUCGACUGCGCGCGGAUCGCGUACGGGAAAGAUCCCGAGUUUGAGUGUAACGAGCACUUUGGCGACGAGGAGAUUAUUCUGCAGGCGGAGAGGGAGGGUAGCUUAGUGGAGAAGAGGAAGAGGGAUGAGACGACGACGAGUACGAAUACGGAGAACGGGAGGGGGGGAAAGGCUGAGCCUGCAAAGAUGUGA